AUGGCGUCCUCCGUGUUCUUCAAGUUCAAGUCUCAAAAGGAGCCGACGCGAGUUGAGUUCGAUGGCACUGGCAUUUCCGUCUUCGAGCUGAAGCGCGACAUCAUCCUAAAGAGCGGUUUGGGCGAUGGCACCGACUUCGACCUCGCCAUCUACUCAGAGGAUGGUAGUGAAGAGUACGAUGAUGAUACGACGAUUAUCCCCCGAUCUACGACUGUAGUUGCCCGUCGCCUUCCAGCCGCCAAGCCUGGUGCAGGCCGAGGCGCCCGAUAUGUCUCUGGCAAGAUGCCCGUUGCUGCGAAGAAUUCCUCUCGCAAGGAACAAACGACCAAAUUGGCCACGGCCAAGGCCGCAUCCAACGCCAUCAGCCAAAUGAACAACGCUAUGACAGAAGAAGAGAAGAUGGCAGCCAUGUUCCAGGCUCAAACCGAGUCCUGGUCAGCUCAACAGGAGGAAAUGUCAAACCAAACCCCUGUUUUCAAGCCAGGCUCCAAGAAACCUGCAAACGUGCCUGACCAUGAUCCUCCCAAUGGUUACAUUUGCUACCGUUGCGGAGAGAAAGGUCACUGGAUUCAGUUAUGCCCAACAAACGAUGAUCCAGAGUUUGACAAUCGUCCACGUGUGAAGCGUACGACCGGCAUCCCGCGGUCGUUUUUACGCACAGUCGAUAAGUCGGUUGCCCUCGCCCAGAGUGGUGAUGACGAAACCAAGAGACCGUCGGGCAUUAUGGUCAACGCUGAGGGAGAAUUCGUGAUCGCUGAGCCUGACAAGGCUUCAUGGGAACAAUUCCAGGCGAAGGCCAAGUCUUCAGCGUCCGCUGCCAAGGCAAUUGCUAUGGGAGACAAGGAGUUGCAGGAGCAGGGACUCGAGUGCCCUAUCGACAAGAAGAUGUUCAUAGACCCAAUGAAGACCCCGUGCUGCCAGAAGACGUAUUGCAAUGAUUGCAUAACCAAUGCUCUCAUCGAAUCGGACUUCGUCUGCCCCAACUGCUCUACGGAAGGUGUCUUGAUUGACGACCUAAAGGCCGAUGAGGAAGCUGCAGACAAGAUGAAGGAAUUCCUCAAGGAGAAGAACGAAGCGAAGAGCCCGACAGCAGCCUCGCCGCCGCCGGCCUCGUCACCCAAGGAUAGCGCAGAGACAAAGGUAGAGUCUGCCAACGGAAACGCAAAAUCGCCCACAUCACAGAAGUCGCCUACAGCCACGACAGCGGCUCCUGCUUCAGCGCCAUCAGGCCCGAAAGCUGAUGGCACGCCAAAGUCAGCAUCAGCAACUCCCGCCACCGCUCCGUCAGGACCCGCCGCUGAGCGUGCUUCGUCCGUCGAGUCCAACUCCAAGAAGCGUCCCGCUGAUGAGUUGAUGGAGAACCCCAAGAUCCCCAAGGCUCCGAAGGCGAUGCAGAAACAACAAGAGCAACAGCAGGCGAUGAUGAACGGCAUGAACGGUAUGGGCAACAUGCCUAUGAACCCGAUGAUGGGUUUCGGCGGCAUGAACAUGAUGAACGGUUUCAUGGGAAUGCCAAAUAUGCCAAACAUGCCCAAUAUGCCAAACAUGGGUAACAUGGGCAACAUGAACAUGGGAAUGCCAAUGAUGGGCAUGAUGAACCCUAUGAUGGGUAUGCCUGGCUUCAACCCUAUGAACGGCGGCGGCUUCCCUGAUAUGGGUGGCAACAACAACAUGUACGGCAACAACAAUUUCGGCGGCGGCAACAUGAACGGUAUGAACCAGAUGAAUGGCAUGAACGGCGGUAUGAACGGCGGUAUGAAUGGAGGCGGCAUGGGCGGCUAUAACCAGCAGCAGCGCCACAACUUCACACAGCCGAGCAAUGACGAGGACGCGUACUUCCGGAGACCGGUAAAUCCUCAUCGUCACCAGAACCGACAGAAGCGUGUCCGCCCCAGCGACUACAGAGAAUUGUGA